AUGUCAAGUGUCGUGGCCGUGACCGUUCAAUCAAAAAAUUUGAAAACUGGGAACUGGUUGUCAGGUCCAAAUGUUACGGCUCGUGGGAUUUCACUCGGUUGUGAAACAACAACUGGUUUCUUACAUGGACUCGCAAAAGGUGUUGAAGGUAUUGCUGGUCUUGGAAGAUCAGGACUUUGUUUAGCUUCACAAUUUGCAGCUGCAUUUCAGUUCCCUCACAAAUUUGCGUUGGAGUUAUCUUCCACAAGCGAAGGUUCCAUGUACUUCGGGGAUGGUCCGUACACUAAUCAACAAUCCAGGUUGCCGUUAUCUUACACCCCACUCAUCACUAACUCUUAUUUUCCUAGUGACUAUUUCAUUGACGUAAAGUCAAUCGAAAUAGACAAUGGAAAUGUCACAUACGAUAAAGGAUUGUUGUGGAUCAACAACAAAAAUGGCGUGGGAGGAACCAAAUUUAGCACUUUAGUUCCUUACACUACUAUGGAGACAUCAAUAUACAAGUCCUUCACAAGUCUUUAUAUUAACAAAGCUCAAGCCAUGAAUAUAACUGCAGUUGCUCCUGCUUGGCCUUUCCAUGCUUGCUUUAGUGCAUCGACGAUAAAAAACAGACCUGACGGGCUUGUUGCCCCAAAGAUCCUUCUUGGCUUGAGCAACAAUGUGGAUUGGAUGAUUAGUCCAGGUAAUUCUUUGAAGCUUGUUAAGAAGGAUGUAUACUGUCUUGCAUUUGUAGAUGGAGGUUCAAAGGCCGAAACUUCAGUUGUUAUUGGUGGUCAUCAGAUGCAAUUUAAUAUUAUAGAGUUAGAUAUUCCAAGAUCAAGAUUAGGGUUUAGUCGACCUGUUCAAGUUUGA